AUGGCUGUUGCGCUCGGAAAGCGAAAGCGCGUCGAGGCGAAGGCGGCUGCGCCUGUUAGCAAACGUCCUGCCAAGAAGGAGGAGCCUGAGGAAUCUGAUUCGGAGGACAUGCGCGAUGCGUUUCGGCGCGCUUUCGAGGCAAAGUUCAAGCCGCUGGCCGGCGUGACGAAGAAGGAGAAGUCGCCCGAACCUGAGGAAAAGGAAGAAGAGGACGAGAGCGAGGAAGAUGGCGAUUGGGAAGGGAUAUCGGAGGACGACGAGGAGCCUAGCAAGACCGUCGAAGUUGUCGAGGUUACCGGCCCCACGCGCUCAGAGCGGUUGAGCAAAGCGGAAUUGAAGGCAUUUAUGUCCUCAAAACCACCGACCCAGCCCUCCAAGAAACCCGCCACCUCCAACAAAAAAGACGACAGCGACGAUGACGCCGACGCCAUGAACCUCAAGAACGACCUCGCGCUGCAACGCCUACUCAAAGAAUCGCACCUCCUCGACGCCUCGUCGCCAGACAACCUGCUCGCCGGCCCCACAGGCAAGAACCGCCACAAAGCCACCGACCUGCGCAUCCAGGCCCUCGGCUCCAAGUCGUCCAUCCUCGAGCAGAAGAACAUGCCCAUGUCGCACCGCAAGGGCAUCAAGGCCAAGGCCGCCGCCAAGGAGGCCACCCGCCGCCGCGAGGCCCGCGAGAACGGCAUCAUCCUCGAGAAGGAGCGCAAGGACAAGGCCAAGGAUGCCGGCAAGAAGAGGGAGCGCGGCGUCGGCGGGCCCGGUGUCGGCAGAUUUAGCGGCGGCACGCUGCGGUUGAGCAAGAGGGAUGUCGCGAGCAUUACUGGGGAAGGGAGAGGCGGGUUUGGGGGUGGGAAGAAGGGUGGCAAGAGGAGGUAA